UGGGCAGAGAAAAGGGAGGAGGUCUUGUGGAUUAGGAGUUCAGCAACGGUGUGAGAUUUGCUUCAUCUGUGAGAUGUACUUGUGCCUGCCAAACCCAUACGCAGCAGAGCUCUAGAAAACAGGGAAAGAACUUACAUCAUGACUUUCCCACCUGAACUUUCUGGAGUUGACUUUGAUUUAUUAAAGAAUGCUCAUGAGCACAGAACACAAGGAAUCAGGGGGAUUGGACUUGUUCUUCGGAGAGGGCAGACCUUCACCUUAAAGUUGCAGUUUCGUUAUUGGGGACAAGAUGCAGCGCUUGAAAAUCUGAACCUUAUCGCACAAAUAGGACCUUAUCCAUCACCACAAAGUGGCACACAAAUCUACUUCCCCGUGUCCAAGCUCAGAGACAACAGAUCUUGGAGUGCAGAGGUGGAAGGUGAAAAUAAUGGCGUUUUAUCAGUCAAAAUACAAACAUCGGCAACCGCCAUCAUUGGGCGAUAUAGUCUUUUACUUGAAGGAACGUACAGGGGAAUGCCUGUCUCUCAUAACUUGGGAAACUUCGUUUUACUUUUCAAUCCGUGGUGCCCAGAGGAUGAUGUCUUUCUAAAUGAUGAAGCAUUAAGACAGGAGUAUGUGAUGAAUGAACAUGGCACUAUGUAUCAAGGGACCAAAGACUUUAUUAAAAACAUACCCUGGAAUUAUGGUCAGUUUGAAGAUGGAAUUGGGGAGGUUUGCCUCAGGAUCCUUGACAUGAACCCAAAUUGUUUAAAGGACCCUGCCACAGAUUGUUCCAAAAGAGGAGAUCCAAUAUAUAUCUGCAGAGUUGUUUCUGCCAUGAUCAAUUCUAAUGAUGACUGUGGUGUGGUCGAGUCCUCUUGGGAUGAUUUAUUUCGAGGAGGAGUUGAGCCAAGCUCAUGGAAUGGUAGUGUUGCUAUACUACGGCAAUGGCAUGCAAGUGGGUGCAGGCCUGUUAAAUAUGGCCAAUGCUGGGUCUUUGCUGGAGUACUGUGCACAGUGAUGAGGUUCUUGGGCAUCCCAACACGUCCAGUGACAAACUAUGACUCUGCCCAUGAUACCAAUUGCACUUUGACUGUGGAUGAAUAUUAUGAUGAAACUGGGAAACAGCUAGAGACCCAAGGGGACACAAUCUGGAACUUUCAUGUUUGGAAUGAGUGCUGGAUGGCAAGAAAGGAUCUCCGUUCAGGGUACGAUGGCUGGCAGGUAGUGGAUGCCACCCCACAGGAGAUAAGUGGAGGAACUUACUGCUGUGGGCCCGCUCCUGUAAAAGCAGUGAAAGAAGGUGACUUGGAUGUCAAUUAUGAUGUUCCCUUUGUGUAUGCCGAGGUCAACGGGGAUGUUGUGCAUUGGGUGGUAAAUGAGAAUGGAGUAAAACAAGGACAGGUAGACACCAUUGCGAUUGGCAAGAAUUUCACCACCAAACGUGUUGGGAACAAUGACAGAGAAGAUGUUACAAGUCAUUACAAAUAUGCAGAAGGAUCACCGCAGGAACGCUCUAUCUUUGCAAAAGCAGCCAACUCUGUGAAGUCAAAGAGGCCAUUCUCAGCAAGAGAAUCAGGGAUGGCUUUGGACUUUGAAGUGUUGUUGAAAUUAGCGGAGUCACCAACGAUAGGGCAACCCAUCGUACUCUAUUGUAAGAUUUAUAAUAAAAGCUUUGCACCUAAGAAACUAUCAGUAAAUAUGAGUGCUCAAACAAUUCAGCAUAACGGGACACCCUUAAAUCAGUUCUGGAAAAACAAAUUCGAUGUGGAAGUUUUCCCAAACCAAGCCACUGAUGGGUAUUUCCAGAUCCAUCCCUUUCAGUACCAGCAAUUCGUAAGAUCUGAUAACAGCAUUCGAGCGACUGUGCUAACUACAGAUCUCCAGUCCAAGCAGUUUAGGUUUGCAGCUCAGAACAUUGUAAUUAAAGAACCAACCAUAGAUAUAAAGAUUUAUGGCGUACCACAACUCAACCGGCCUCUGAAUGUACAGCUUUCCUUCCAAAAUUCCUUGAACGAGGUGCUGACAAACUGUGUCAUGAUGGCUGAAGGAGCUGGGUUACUGCCAGAUGGACCUGCACAGGCAUACAUGGGCAACAUCAACCCUCUUCGCUCAGGUUCUGUAAGACUCAUCUGCGUGCCAACAAAGCGAGGGAAAUUGCAGUUGGAAGUGAAUUUCUCCUGUAAUAAGAUUCAGAAUAUUAAGGGAAGUGCAACCAUCAUGGUGUCUGCAUUCUGAAAGGCUCAUUGAAUUUGGAUUUGUGAUCAGAAAAAUCUGCAGAGCAACCUUGUGCAAAACCACCUUACAUUGUAUUCCCAUAUCAGCAAUUUCUUGUGUUCUGUAAAUGCCCCCUUUUUUUUUACUUGGAAAUUGAUUAAAUACAAACUGUUGGGUUGCUGUUGUAUGGCAGGUACUUGUAGGUGGAACAUGUACCUAAGAUGCACUGCAGAAAUUCUCUGUAAAGCAAUGAACAUUGGGGAAUAGGGUUACUCUGUAGUAUCUUCCUGAGACCACAAUAAAUUAUCUUCCUGAGACCACAA